AAACCUUAGGUUCAUCUUAGAGGACAUAUAAAAUUCGUUUAAAAAUGCAAUAUUUUAAGGAAAAUAUGCCACUAGUUUACAAUAUAAAGAAUUGUCCUCGAACUGUUUCACUUGAACAUUGGAAGAUUCUUGUUUAAUUUUGGAGCCUUGAUAUGAUUAAGGAACAAAGCAAGAAGAAUAAAGCUAGUAGAGCAAAGAAUACAAGUCAGCAUACAACAGGAUAAAAAACAUUUGCUGAAAUACAUGAAGAGGAGGCAAUGAAAAAUCCUAAUAGAGGAGAACCAUCUCGGGUGAACAUGUUCUUUUUAACACACAAGCCAAGAGAUGGAAAACCAAUGAGUGAGGGAACAAGAAUAAUUUUUCUUCAGAUUUGUGGGGACCUAGAUCUCAAGUUGAGAUGGAGAGGUUGAUUGAAGAAGUUAAAGAGAAUGCUCAAGCAGAAAUUCAGAAUAUACAACAAAAGAUGCAAGAGGAGAUGGAAAUAAAACUUCAAGAAAGAGUGGAGGCCAUGAAGUCACAGAUGUUGUGUGGAUUUAAUGUGUUUUUGAAUCAACUACAGAAAAAUCUCCCAGCAGUAGAAAUUUCAAAUCUUUCUUUUAUGUCAACUACUAUAAAUACGAAGAAAGUAGAAGCUACUGCAACAAUAAAUCAUGAAGUUUUUGCUGCUGAAAAAGAGGUUUCAAGUAAAUCAUCUACUAUAACAGAAGGUGUUUCUAAGUCUCAUGCUAAAUCAUUACCUCAAACAAAAGAGAAGAAUGUGAUUCUUUCACCUAGAAAGAAGCAGACUCUUUAUUCUUCUCUUACUCAAGAGGUUCUUGACUUGAAACUGGAGAAAAUGAAGCAUGGCUAGCAUAAGAAAAGAUCAAAAAAGAAGAAAGUGGUGUGUUUGUAAUAUUGAGAUGAAUUUGUGAAUUUGUGAAUUUAAUGAAAGAGACAAACUUGUACAA